UUUAUCUAUUUCAAAUUCGUUACAAAAGUUGUCUCUGAUUAAGGUAAACACCAACAAAAAAUUCUUGAAAGCCUUAGGAGAGUUGAAAGAUCUUAGAAGGUUGGGGCUGGUAGAUCUUCAUAGAGAAGAUGGAAGAGAAUUGUGUUGCACCAUUCAGAAAAUGGAUGAUCUUUCGACAUUGGAUGUAAGAGCAACAAGCGAGGAUGAAUAUCUUGACUUGGAUCACAUGCAAUCCGGCUCCCCGCCUCUCCUUCUCCAACAUCUAUAUUUAAAAGGGCGGCUAAAAAGGGUAACAGAGUGGAUUCCCAAGCUUACCAGUCUCAAAAAGAUUGGUUUAAAAUGGUCAAAGAUGGAUGCUGACGCUGAGCCACUUACGGCCCUUCAAGAUUUGCCCAACCUCAUGGAGCUCGAUUUGGUUGACUAUUACACUGGCCAGGUGUUGGGUUUCGGAGAUGAAACUUUCAAGAAACUAGUGGCAUUAAGUAUAGACAAAUUUGAUAAGCUAAAUUUGAUCUCAAUAGGUGAGAAGGCAAUGCCUAUGCUCAAGAAGCUAACCAUCUCGAGAUGUCAGAAUUUGAAGUUACUUCCAUUUUCAAGUGGUGAUCUUGAAUUGCUGGAAGAAUUGCUUCUAUUUGACAUGCCCAAUGAAUUCAUUGCUGAGUCUGAAACAGACAGCGAACGACGUGAGGAUUUAAAGCAUGUUGGAGUCAUUCAUUAUUCUCGGCAUCCAGGAAGCUACCAAUCUGAUGGAUUCAAAGAUCUUUCUCCAUCAAAAUGGAGGUAGUGGUGGAGGGAAGAUUAACCGGAGAUCAUGAGGAAGGCUAUAAAAGUAAACAAGGAAAAGCAGGAGGACUGAUCUCCAUCUGAUUUUUUUUUUUUUUGGCAUAUCAUCACCAUAUAUCUAGCGUGCAUGUAUU